UUUUUGACCCGUUUUAUCACGACGCUUUUAGUGCUUUGACAACUCUAUUGUGAUGACUAUUAAUCAUUUUUAAGUUUUAUUCACCAGGCCGAUCUUUAAAAAGUGGUCAUGAAGGUCACAGAUUCAUUAGAAAAACUGAUAACCAAAGACAAAGACAACAUAAAUGAAGAACUUCUACUUAAUGAGCCUAUUGAUAGACCUUUAUCACAAAUAGAAAAAACUUUUCUUCUGCAUGCAGAAAGAGGCGAUUGUGCAACUGUUAAAAAGAUUAUCGAUGACUACAAGGACAAUCCUACCGAAUUCGAUAUAAAUUGCGUAGAUCCAUUAAACCGAUCAGCGUUAAUUUCCGCAAUAGAAAAUGAAAAUAUUGAACUUAUUAAACUCCUAUUAUCAGAAAAUAUACGAGUAAAGGAUGGUUUACUUCAUGCUAUAAAAGAAGAAUAUGUUGAAGCAGUUGAAAUUCUUCUGAAUUGGGAAGAGGAACAUCAUAUACCAGGUGAAAAAUACAGUUGGGAAAGGACUGAUCGCUCAACUUCGACUUUCACGUCUGACGUAACACCAUUAGUUUUAGCUGCUCAUAAGAAUAAUUAUGAAAUCAUUAAAUUACUUUUAGAUAGAGGGGCAACAUUGCCCAUGCCACAUGACGUAAGAUGUGGCUGUGACGAAUGCGUGUUUUCCAGCAGAGCUGACUCUCUUCGACAUUCCCAGUCCAGAAUUAACGCUUAUAGAGCUUUAUCUUCGCCUUCUCUAAUUUCGCUGUCUUCUAAUGAUCCUCUUUUAACAGCUUUUGAAUUGUCUUGGGACCUCAGACGACUCAGUAGGAUGGAAACUGAAUUUAAGCACGAUUACGUUGAAAUGAGAAAUCAAGUACAACAAUUUGCCACUAGUCUCCUAGAUCAUGCAAGAACUUCUUAUGAACUGGAAAUCAUGCUUAAUUAUAAUCCGGACGGAGACAUUUGGGUGACCGGAGAAAGACAAACACUUGAAAGACUAAAAUUAGCUAUCAAAUAUAAACAAAAAGCGUUUAUCGCUCAUCCAAACGUUCAGCAGCUUCUUGCUUCGAUAUGGUACGAGGGAUUGCCUGGAUUCAGACGGAAAAACAUGAUUGGUCAAGGAAUACAAGUGGCUAAUAUCGGAAUGAUGUUUCCAAUUUAUUGCCUGCUUCAUAUGGUUUCACCUACUUCAAAAAUGGGAUUAUUUAUGAAAAAACCUUUUGUAAAAUUUAUAUGCCAUUCUGCUUCGUACGCUUUUUUUCUGACUUUAUUGGGUGCUGCUUCGCAAAGAGUAGAAAUUCUUUUUCUGGAAUUAGUUGGAACCGAGUGGGUCCAAGAAAUGGUUAAAGAUUGGAAAAGGAAAGAAAGAGGAGCUCUAUUUGGGAUAGCCGAAUGUGGCGUUAUACUCUAUGUAAUCAGUUUAAUAUGGGGCGAGGUGCGUUCUUUAUGGUGCGAUGGUCUGGAAGAAUACAUUUCCGAUUUGUGGAAUAUUGUCGAUUUCAUCACUAACCUUUUUUAUGUUAUUUGGUUGGCACUACGAAUAACAUCAUUUUACAUAACUUGGAGAGAUGAAAGAGAAGGUAAACUAACCUGGUAUCCUAGGGAAGAAUGGGAUUCAUUUGAGCCAAUGCUAUUGUCAGAGGGUGCUUUUGCAGCUGGAAUGAUAUUUAGUUUCUUGAAACUGGUGCAUAUCUUCAGUGUAAAUCCUCACCUAGGACCCUUGCAAAUAUCUUUGGGAAGAAUGAUAAUAGAUAUCGUGAAAUUCUUCUUCAUCUACACUUUAGUUCUUUUCGCAUUUGGAUGUGGUCUGAAUCAGUUACUUUGGUACUAUGCAGAAUUAGAAAAAAAUAAAUGUUACCAUUUACCAACUGGCUUGCCUGACUUUGAAAAUAACGAUAAAGCAUGUACAAUUUGGAGACGAUAUGCAAAUCUCUUCGAAACUUCGCAGUCUCUAUUUUGGGCAAGUUUCGGAUUGGUGGACUUGAUGUGUUUUGAGUUAACUGGUAUUAAGGGUUUUACAAGAUUUUGGGCUCUACUAAUGUUUGGUUCCUAUUCCGUAAUCAAUAUAAUUGUAUUACUCAACAUGUUAAUAGCCAUGAUGUCCAAUUCGUAUCAGAUUAUAUCAGAAAGAUCAGACACCGAAUGGAAGUUCGCACGAAGCAGACUGUGGGUAAACUAUUUUGAUGAAGGUGAUGCCCUUCCACCUCCAUUUAAUAUUAUGCCUAAUCCAAAAGUAAUUCUAAAAACAUUGGGAAUAAAGAAAUUAGAAAGAAAUACUUCGAGCUAUAAGGGAAAGUCUAGAGAAAAAGCAAGGGAACGCCAUGAAACAAUUAUGAAAUUAUUAGUAAGAAGAUAUGUUACCGCCGAACAGAGAAAACGAGACGAUUAUGGCAUUACUGAAGAUGAUGUUAUGGAAAUACGACAAGACAUUUCAAGUUUAAGAUACGAACUGAUCGAUAUCUUAAGGCAAAACGGAAUGAAGACACCUAGAAUUAACCUUGACGAUUGUCAAGUAUCUGGAAAAAAAGGAAAGGUGAUGGAAAGGAGACUCAUGAAAGAUUUUCACAUAGGCAUAGUAGAAGGCAUCGUUCAAGAGAUGAAAAUGAACCCACUAGAGACGAAAAAUGUUUUCGGGCAUAUCGCUAAAGUUAUAGGACGAAGAGCAACUUUCAAAUCGACGAAAAAAGACUGGAAUGCGUUAGUAAAGAAGAACGCCGUUACUAGCGAUCCCAUUGGCAGUGCGCAAGAGUUGGAAGCUGCUAGAGUUAAGCGACAAAGUAUAAGGAAGCACAUUCUUAGCAAUAGGGAAUUGGACGAUGAAAAAUUAAUAGAGUACAAUCCAAAAUUGACCGAAAUUCCAAAGAGAGCGAGAGUAGCGUAUGCCAAGUUUAUGACUAAAAAGAUCGAAGUGGAAUACAAAACUGAAACAGAAAAAGGAACAACGGAAGAAGGUAACUCGAAAGUAGGAGAACCAACAAGGAAACAGUCAGUCACAUUUCAAGCUCAAUCAAAGCCAGCUUCUACAGUCGCGCCCAACAAUGAGCAAAAAGAACCAGGUCCUCCAGCAAUAUCUUCAGAAGUACCGCAAAAGUCCUUACACCAAUCUCAAAGUCAAACUCCGGCAUCACCAUUGAAGACCACAGAUACACAAAACCGUCCACAACCGCCAAAAGAACAAAUAUCCGUCGACGAUAAAAUUAAACCGGAAACAGAAACCAAACUAAAAAUAGAAAGAAAAGCAAGUGAGAAAAUUGGGGACACAAAACCGCCAAAAGAACAAGCAUCCGUCGAUGAUAAAAUUAAAUUGGAAACAGAAAACAAACUGAAUAUAGAAAGAAAAUCGAGUGAGAAAGUUGAGAAAACAAUUAAAGAUAAAACUAAACGAGAUGACAAACAACAAGUGAAUCAAGGCCCAGUAUUACCAGAAGAUAAGGGAAGUUCGACUGCGUCAUCAGCAAAAUCGAAAUUAACUGGAAAAGUUCGAACAGGAUGGAUUUAAAUUUUCCCAUGGAUCUUUAUAAAAAGUUCGCUUAUUAAACAAAUAAAAACAAACAUUAUAAUAUACAUGGAAGGUGGUAGUUAAGAAGACGAUGACAAGAAAUUUUAAAUAAUUUGUUCGAGUCUAUCAUUGUAGUUUUAAUAUACAAAUACGAUGCUUUGGCAUUUAUGAAUAAAGGUC